AUGGUCAUCCACUGUCCCCUGCUGGUCAAUAUGAGGAUAACAGAUGUUAACAGGGGCCCUGGUCCCAACUCUAGGGGCCCUGGGCCCAACUCUAGGGGCCCUGGGCCCAACUCUAGGGGCCAUGGGCCCAACUCUAGGGGCCCUGGGCCCAACUCUAGCGGCCCUGGGCCCAACUCUAGCGGCCCUGGGCCCAACUCUAGCGUCCCUGGGCCCAACUCUAGCGUCCCUGGACCCAACUCUAGCGGCCCUGGGCCCAACUCUAGCGUCCCUGGGCCCAACUCUAGCGUCCCUGGGUCCAACUCUAGCGGCCCUGGGCCCAACGCUAGCGGCCCUGGGCCCAACUCUAGCGGCCCUGGGCCCAACUCUAGCGGCCCUGGGCCCAACUCUAGCGGCCCUGGGCCCAACUCUAGGGGCCCUGGGCCCAACUCUAGCGGCCAUGGGCCCAACUCUAGCGGCCAUGGGCCCAACUCUAGCGUCCCUGGGCCCAACUCUAGCGUCCCUGGGUCCAACUCUAGCGGCCCUGGGCCCAACGCUAGCGGCCCUGGGCCCAACUCUAGUGGCCCUGGGCCCAACUCUAGCGGCCCUGGGCCCAACUCUAGCGGCCCUGGGCCCAACUCUAGGGGCCCUGGGCCCAACUCUAGCGGCCAUGGGCCCAACUCUAGGGGCUGA